AUGAAUAUCGAAGACCUUGCCAAAGAUGAAGCCGCGAAAGCAAAACCCCUGAAAAAGAAAGGCUACGACGACGUCGAAAUCAGUGAUUUAUCAAUGUCAUCCGAAAAGAAAGAGUCAAAGGAAAGGAAAUCAACAGAAAAAGACUCAGACCUGAAAAGUGGUGAGAAAACCAAAGAUAAAGAGAAGUCUGGGGAGAAGACACCAGAGAAAUCCGGAGAGGCGUUGGAUAAAUCCGCGGAGCCGGUGCCGAAGAAGGGUGAUAUACCGCCAGAGCAAAAACGGGAACCAUCUCAGGAAGGAGUCGUCCCUUUAUCAAAAUUGGCUGCGGCCACUCCUAAGAAGGUGCCAACAAAGAAAAAGAAACGGAAGUGGUGCACAUGUUUAUAG